AUGGCUUACGAUUAUGCCCUUGUACAUUUAAAAUACACGAUACCCCUUGCUGCGUUGCUUACAGUUAUCGCCUACCCAAUAUUCCACCGAAUACACUUCCUCCAGAUUGGGAGUCUAAUAGUUGUCUCCUUCCUCGCGACGCUACCAUGGGACUCAUACUUGAUCAGAAGCAACAUUUGGACCUACCCGCCAGACGCCAUCAUUGGGCCUCGUCUCUAUGGAAUUCCAAUUGAAGAGCUGUUCUUCUUCGUGAUUCAAACAUACAUCACCUCGCUCUUCUACAUCCUCCUCAGCAAGCCAUUGUUCCACCCUCUGUACCUCAGCACCCAGAGAAACCCACCGCAACGGAUCGCCAGAGGCAAGGUUAUCGGACAGGGCAUUCUCGUCGCAUUGACGCUCUAUGGUGUUCACCAGAUUAGAACUGGCGGUCCUGGCACCUAUCUGGGACUUAUUCUGGCAUGGGCCUUCCCAUUCGCCUUGUUGACCUUUACUGUUGCGGGCAGAUUUAUUCUAACCCUGCCCUUGACCUCCACUGUGGUUCCGAUCAUCAUUCCGACAGUCUACUUGUGGCUCGUGGACGAGCUGGCUUUGGGACGUGGAACUUGGGCCAUUGAGUCCGGCACGAAGCUGGGAUGGUGUCUGUUUGGUGUCCUUGACAUCGAGGAGGCUACCUUCUUCCUCGCGACCAAUAUCCUCAUUGUGUUCGGCAUGGCAGUUUUUGACCAGUACUUGGCCAUCAUCUUUGCCUUCCCUCACCUGUUCCCCAAGGUGCCUCGGUCUCCCACGCCUUUGAUGUUGGUCCAGAGCCGGUUCUCAAACACCAAGCAAUACGAUCUCGAAAGGAUUGCGGGCCUGUCCGACGCUGUGACUCGGCUGAAGGCAAAGAGCAGAAGCUUCUACCUGGCCAACUCGCUUUUUACCGGCCGUCUUCGCAUCGAUUUGAUUCUUCUGUACUCCUUCUGCCGCCUCGCCGAUGAUCUCGUCGACGACUCCACCUCCCGCACCGAAGUCAAGUCCUGGACCACCAAGCUCUACAAGUUCCUUGACCUCCACUACAAGUCCGACGUAAAAGCCAACAAAGCCCGGAUCAACGACUAUAUCGACGAGGCUUUCCCACCCGAGGCAAAGUCAGCACUCAAGUAUCUCCCAGCUACCAUUCUCCCCUCUCAGCCUCUCUACCAACUCAUCGAGGGCUUCGAGCUCGACUCCCAAUUUUCUUUUCAUGACUCCUCCGAGUCGGCCAAGUACCCCAUUGUCGACGAGGACAAGCUCAACUACUACGGCCAAUGCGUGGCGGGAACAGUAGGCGAACUCUGCGUUGCUCUCAUCAUCGAGCACUGCGAGCCAGAGAUGCCUGAUGAGCGCAAGAAGAUGCUCAUGUCGGUUUCACGAACAAUGGGCGUGGCGCUGCAGUAUGUCAACAUUGCACGGGACAUUGUUGUAGAUGCCGAGAUGGGAAGGGUCUACCUUCCCACUACCUGGCUCAAGGAGGAAGGUCUCACCCCAGAAGACGUCGUCGCCCAUCCAAGGGGGAAACAUGUGGAGAACCUGAGGAGGAGAUUACUGAGCGAGGCGUUCAAGUUGUAUGAUGAGGCGAGGCCGAAAAUGAAUGGGAUUCCCAAGGAGGCGAGGGGGCCGAUGAUUGGGGCGGUGGAGACGUAUAUGGAGAUUGGGAGGGUGCUGAGGGAGUUGGAGGGGGGUGUGGAGUUGGAGAGGGGGAAGGCGACUGUUCCUGGGGGGAGGAGGUUGAAGACGGUGCUUAAGGCCUUGUUUUCUGCUUGA